AUGGGGGAAAUUGAGAUCAAAAUCCUGGACAUAAAUGACAACAUCCCCACUCUGGAAAAAGAAUCGUAUGAAGGCAGGGUGGAGGAGAACACCGUCAAUGUGGAAGUGCUCAGGAUCCAGGCCAUCGACUUGGACCUGGAAUACACGGACAACUGGCUGGCCGUCUUUCAAAUCAUCUCAGGAAACGAAGGGGGCUAUUUUAGCAUCACCACCGAUGCUCAAACCAACCAGGGGAUAAUAAUGAUUCAAAAGGAGCUGGACUACGAGGAGAUAAAGUCCCUCAAUUUGGGGGUGGUAGUUUCGAACAAGGCCAAGUAUGAUUUCGGAAGCUCGACCUCCACUUCCAUAACCUCAAAGUCGUACUCUGUGAAGAUCAACGUGAUCAAUCAGAAGGAGGGUCCUCGCUUCCAGCCGUCUGUCAAAGUGGUGACUCUGACCGAGGAUCACACCUCCAUCUCCAUCAAUUCAGUCAUCACCACCUACACUGCCAUUGACAGCGACACGCACCAGACUGCCACCAACGUGAGGUACGUUAAAUUCCGCGACGACGACAACUGGCUGAUCGUGAAUGAGAAAACUGCCGAAAUUAGGCUGAAUAAACUUCCGGAUCGAGAGUCCAAGUUUUUAAUCAACGGAACAUACUACGCCCAGAUCAUAUGCAUU